AUGGCAACAAAAGAUGGCCCAGCUCCUGCUGACAUUGAAUGGGCUCAAAAGAACUGAGCUCAUGUUUUCCAAACAUAUGUGACUGAUAAGAAAACCGAUAAAUUUGAUGUAGCGAGUCAGAUAGAUGCGAUCUUUGCAGAUAUUAGCAUACAGUUUGACCUUGAUGAAUAUGAGGAACUACUAAACGAUGCAAAGAAAGCUCUAACUCCUGAAAUGUUCCUCUCACAAAAGGAAUUCGAAGAUUUAUUAACCCAAUGGAUUCUGAUGUUCAGGGAAGAGAUUACCUCUGCGUUAUUAGCUGACUCUAUUGACACAGUGAGGUUAAGACUAGGAACUCUCCAGGAUGAAAUCAAAACUGUAAUUCGUAACUCCACUGGGGGUGCUUCUGAAGAGGCUAAAACUAGUAACAUUUUCGGGUUGUUCCCAUCCCUCAUGUCUACAAUGGGUGUCCGAAUCGUAAGUCUUGCUAAAAAGCAGCCAAAGUCAGACUCCAGUAUUUGUAACGAAACUGAAGAAAUGGACUUCUAUAAUGAUCUAUCAAAUCAGGCUAAUAUUUUGAACCUGGAAACACUCAACUUGAAAACCCUUGAAGAGCUCCUGAUGGCUUAUUUCAACGGCAUUGAUGCCAAAUAUGCCUUCGUACAGGUUAAUCAGUACAAUGAAGAUUCAGGCCUUGACCCGUUUAAAGAAAUGGGUGAAGAUAAUCCAUUCUCUAAGAACCAAGAAGGAAAUAAUAGUAACGAAGAAGACAUGAAAAUCAAAGAGACUGAACAAGAUAUUGAAGAAGCCAGGCUAGAAAAUAACCAAGACAAGGUUGAACUGUUAGGGAAAAUUAAGCAAUAUUAUACCAUGAAGAAAAGCAUGACUGCUCAAAAUGAGAAGGAAAAGUUAGACCUGAUGAUAGAAGGAGUAAGAAAAGAAAUAGAUAAGCUUGAUGGAGUAUCUCAUAACCCUGACAGUGAUAUCAGUAAGCGCUAUGCAGAACAUCCUGAAGAAAGCAAAGACUUUAAACCUGACUAUAAUGGCGCUAUGAUAGGAGAGGAGAAUAAGUAUGAAGAUAUGAACGAUCAGAAUUACAAUAAUCUCUCACUUAGUUACCCUGAGAAGAAAAUAAUUCAGCCAUCGCCAUCACCUCAGCUUCAGGAUCCUUACCCUCAAGAUGGUUAUCCUGCCGAUAACAUCCCGUAUGGAAAUAACAUGGACUCAUAUCCUCCUGAAACAAAUCCAUAUGGGCAAGAAUCGAUUCCUUAUCAUCAAAAACAGAUGGCAGAUGAAGCUCCGAAAGCUAAGCAAAAUAAUUCGUAUAAUCAGACUAGCGCUCACCAGAAACAAAUUGAGAUUGAGAAACGUCUUGAAGAUCCAGUAGAGCCCUUAGAGGACCGCAGGAAGAAAGGCAUCAGAGAGAUCUUUGACUUUUAUACUAGACAGCACCUCAUGAUUGGCAAGAAAGCUACCUUCGAAGAAAUCCAAUACGAACUCUCCAACAUGAACAUGGGAGAAUUCAUGAAAUUCUGCAAAGAUUUUAAAAUUCCAGUCAGUAAGACCAGAUGUGCAGAGAUUUUCAAGAAGACUGCCAAGAAUAGUAAGGAGAUGUUCAUCGAACAUUUUAAAGAAUCCUUCCCAAAAUUAAUCUCUAUGCGAAAUAAAGAGAAGCUUGAAGGACUAGAGAAGCGGUUAAAUGAAGUUGUAACUCUGAUUGACAGGAGAACUCGUAAACUUGAAUCAAACCUUAACUCAAAGCAUCACAGUAAACCUCAAGUUACAGAAGAAAAUUCUUUGCCAAAAGAUAACUCCAGAGAUGAGGUACCUCUUAACUUGGAAACCGGUCCUGUGAAAGAAGAAAGCAAACUGAAGAAAAGCAAAGACAAGCCAUUUGAAAAUCAUAAAUCUAGAGGAGGCGAUCCUCAUGGAGCUCUUGAAAAGAUGCAUCAGAAGGAGCUACAAAAGGUUAAGGACAAGAUGGAAUCCCAGGAUACCCCAAACGAAGCUAGUCCAAGAGAGACUAGUCUUGCUAAUGAUGCUGAAGAAAAGGACCAAUUUGGAGAGGUCCAAGUUCCUCUUCCAAAGGAUCCUCCCAAAAUGGACCCAGCUCUUGUCCAACAAAAAGUCAGUCAGGACAGAGAGAUACAAGCUCUUAACAGUGAGAAAGAAAGGAUCGAAAAUGAAAUUCAAAAUAUGAGCCAAAUAUCAGAAGACAAAGAGAAAAUGACUGAAGAAGCAAUGCAGUUCCUCCAGCUUGACGAUCCUACAAAGUACAAGAAGAAGAUUAAAGGCUUUGCUGCUCCCUUUAACAUGACUGAGAAGGAUGAUCGGAUCAAAAAGAAUGACAAAUCUCAAAGGUAUAAAUACACAUCCAAGGAAGAUAAAGAAGCUAUCAAAGCCAAAGUCAGAAAACUCAAACAAGAAAGAGAGAAUGCUAAGCUUAAAGAGAAACAUGAAAAAGACAGACAUUAUCAUAAACAGAGAAACGUUAUGAAAAAUCUUCAUGAAAAACUCAUGCGUGAAAAACUUGGAAAUGGAGAGAUAGAUAUGAAUGCUUAUCAGGCAAGAAAUCCUAAUCCUAUUUAUAACGUUUCUCAAUCUCAACCUGCACUAAAAUCAAUUCCUGCCCAGCAAGUGCAUACCAUAAAAACUCACAAAUCAAAGAUAAAAAAUAAGCUCCCCAAUAAGAUUACCAUGAACGGUCUAACCUCCUUAAAAUAUGAGGAUAUAGCAGGAAAUGAACCUGACGGUUUCAAUCCUGCUGAUAUAGUAGGUACAGAUUCCGGCUCUGAUGACUCUAUUCUCCAACAAUAUCGAAACGACGAAGAGAUACAGCCGGCUGAACAGGCAUAUCCCUUCAGUUCUGCUCAACACACAGAGAAGCCAGUGCCCAUAGAUCAAGUUCCAGUUCGUAAGCCAAAGAACCAAAGAAACACCCAUGUAGCACGAGGCUUGAAUAACUCAAUGGCUGAUGCAAGUCAACUCCAACACCCAAAGAAGGCUUCUAGGAAACACAUGCCAGGCAAGAAGCACUCCACUUCUCUUAACAGAGGUCACACAACAGACCAUGAGAAAUCAAAGAAAAAGAAGAUGGGAACACAGAGAUCAAGGAAGAACCUCGCAGCCUUACCUAAAGGCCUCACAAAAACAGGCAGGAAGCCUCAAAAUCCUUAUAAUUCUGAUAUUGGAGGUGGCAAGAUUAAGUACCCUGCCCAUGUAACCAGAACUGUCAAGAAGGACUCCAAGAAAGCUCCGAUAGGCAAGCUUAACCAUCACAGUGCAUACAAAGCUAACCCAAUGGUGGGUAGACGAAACCCUGGAAAUAUAUCAAUGGAGUCCUACGACCAGGCCACCAAGCUGCAAAGUAAGACUAAGAGGAACCAAGAAGAGAGGCUUAAAAACAUCCUAAAACUUCAGGACAACAACAUGAAGAGAGGAGUGGGAGUCGCCUACAAAAACAGACAUCAACUAUAAUACUUUACUUUUUCAAUGACCAAAGA